AUGCGGAUCUCCCUGUUACUUCUCCCAGCCUCUCUGUGCGCCUUGGUCCUCCUCCUCCACGCACCUGCCUCGGAGGGCUGCGGGCCGGGGAGGGGAUACGGCAAGAGGAGGCCCCCGAAGAAGCUCAUCCCGCUCGCCUACAAGCAGUUCAGCCCCAACGUGGCCGAGAAGACCCUCGGGGCCAGCGGGCGGCCCGAAGGGAAAAUUACGCGCAACUCCGAGCGCUUCAAAGAGCUGACGCCGAAUUAUAACACAGACAUCAUCUUCAAGGAUGAGGAGGACACGGGGGCAGACAGGCUGAUGACGCAGCGAUGCAAAGACAAGUUGAACUCUUUGGCCAUCUCUGUGAUGAACAUGUGGCCAGGUGUGAAGCUCAGGGUGACAGAAGGCUGGGAUGAGGACGGUCAUCACUCAGAGGACUCGCUGCACUACGAGGGCCGUGCCGUUGACAUCACCACGUCAGACAGGGACAGAAACAAGUAUGCCAUGUUGGCCCGCUUGGCUGUAGAAGCUGGAUUUGACUGGGUCUACUAUGAGUCCAAAGCUCACAUUCAUUGUAGCGUCAAGUCAGAACACUCAGUGGCAGCCAAAACUGGUGGUUGUUUCCCUGGCGAGGCUCUGGUUAUGAUCGAAGGUGGUGGUACCAAACACAUGCGUGACCUUCUCCCUGGGGACCGCGUCUUGGCUUCCUCAACAGCAGACGGUCAUCUUUCGCUUCUCUACAGCCCAGUUGUGUCCUUUCUGGACCGCCAGGCUAACACCACAAAGACCUUCUACACCAUUGGGACAGAAGCAGGUGUUGACAUUACCCUCACAGCUGCUCACCUGAUCUUUGCCACAGACUGUGACCGUGGAGUGAACGAGUCAAAUCUGAAAGAAACGGCUCAAGAAAAGCAACCCUUUGGUUUCAGAUGGCCGAGGAGCGGCCGUGGAGGACAUCUGAGGACAGUAUUUGCCAGUGAAGUCCAUCCAGGACAGUGUGUGUUUACAUCUACAGGCAGAGGGAAUUCAAGACUUUCUAUGGUGACCUUUGUGGAAGAGCAGAUUAACACUGGGUUAUAUGCUCCUCUUACACAGCAUGGGUCUAUAGUGGUGAAUGGUGUGCUGGCAUCUUGCUACGCAGCCGUGGACAGUCACCAUUUGUCUCACUGGGCCUUGGCCCCACAAAGACUCUUCUACAAGCUGAUGGGACCUUUACAGGCACAAACCAACGGACUGCACUGGUACCCCUGGAUUCUACAAACACUGGGGAAAAUACUGCUGGACUCCGAACACUUCCACCCCUGGGGUAUUGAACAAUGACAUACCGGUAAACAGAAGCCACAGAGACAUGUUUCAUUUACCUGUCUUCAGUAGCACAAUUAAAGAAGAGCACAACUUCCUCUACUGUAUUCAAAAAGCAGAAAAUGAGGGACUAUCAAAGACAAAACUGUGGGAAUGUGAUUCCACUGAGGGGUGAUGCGAGCAUGUUCAUAUUUGUAUGACUCCAAAAAGUUCAAAUGAAAAGUCCAUCCGUCCAUUGUUUUUACUCACAUCUUCCUUUCUGUGUCAUUAGUGCUAAUGUCCAACAGUCUCUGUGUGAGAUGCGGGGACACUUGGACACAUCUCCAGUUCAUCACAGGGCCACAUAAAG